AUGGCUUCUACAAUCUCACUCAAGCUCUCUAAUCGAGCCCCCAAGAAGCCACUCCGGAAGCUUCCCGCUUCCAUUGAGCUGCCCAACGAUGCCGAGAUUGAAGAUGCCAAGAAGGCCAUCGCGCGCCAGGCAGGCGUGAAGGAUUUCAACCGGAUCGGCCUUUUCCACCCAUCCACGAGAAAGAGGAUCGCGGACCGGAGGGCCCUGAUCCGCAACCUGGAGGAUGUCACAUCCACGGGAGAGCUCCUCGUCCAGGACCUGGGCCCGCAGAUGGCAUGGCGAACCGUCUUCCUCGUCGAGUACCUGGGGCCGAUCCUCUUCCACGGGCUCUUCUACUCGAUCCGCCCGCAGCUCGCCAAGGUCGACCCGUACUUCUACAAGGACGCGGACAAGCUGCCCGUGACGGUGGUGCAGCAGGCGUGCUUCUACAUGUUCAUGGCGCACUUCGGCAAGCGGGAGCUCGAGACCGCCUUCCUGCACAAGUUCUCCGCCAGCACCAUGCCGGCCUUCAACAUCUUCCGCAACUCAUUCUUCUACUGGGUCUUCGCCGGCCUGCUGUCCGGCUACUUCAUCUACGCGCCCCGGUCGCCAGCCGCCCGCACGUCGUUCGGCCCCCUGGACUACGUGGGUUUCGCGCUGUAUCUGGGCGGCGAGGCGUGCAACUUUGUCGUGCACAAGCACCUGGCGGGCCUGCGAAAGCCAGGUAGCACCGAGAAGGGCAUCCCCAGCUGCAUCGGCUCCAGCCUGGUCACGUCGCCCAACUACAUGUUCGAGGUCACCGCGUGGGUCGGCGUCAUCCUGAUCGCGAGGGAGUGGUCGGUGAUCGUCUUCAUCGCCAUUGGCAUCUCGUACAUGGCUCAGUGGUCGCGUGACAAGGAGAGGGCGCUGAGGGCGACCUUUGGUGACAAGUACAAGAAGAAGAGGUACACCAUGCUUCCUGGGCUCAUCUAG